UGUCGCGGUGGACCAGAAAGAGUGACUGAGAGAGAAGGUGAUGAUUUGCGUGGGUAUCUCUGAAUCCGCCGACAUCUUCUGGUCUUUUAAACCAGGCCAUGCUGUUGGCCCCCAAGUAUAUCCGCUCAGGAUCGUUUGGUGGUCUCAGGUCAGCCCGGCUCACCUUACUCCUUUCAUUAGACAAUCGUCUGUCCGCAAAGAGUAAUAUUCUAGACUUGGACUUCACAAUGCAGCUCCUAAGGGGCGCAGUCAUGGGGGAGCCAACCGGCGAUAGCUCUCGUUCCUGGCCAAGUUGGGGGCGGCUGCAUAGGGCUUCGCUGAGACCCAUCACAGCAACCUUCGCCCGCAAUCACACCCAAGCACUGGGCCCAGUGCAUAGACCUUUGAAUUCUCGUGUCUCUCUAAUGUGGGACGCAGAGCAGCUGUCUGGCUUGCGCGAUGCCACACAAAGAUCUUGUACCUUUCUUGGCGUCAGAAUUGUGCCUCGUCCAGACAGAGCGAAAAGACCGAUCCAUCUAGCUGAAAGGGAAGGACCCUUCCCACAACAAUCUUAGAGUUGUUUCAAGGCCCCUGCUUGCCGUCGCAGUAGGAUGGAUGGUGUAUACCAACACAGGUCAAGCAUUCUCAUCCAUGGGAUAGGCUCAGAAAAUGCUUGGCUCGGAUCCAUGUACCUCGC